AUGAGAUACAUAUACGUUCCACGUAUCAUCUUUCUUGUCUCACCGGCACCCGUGGUUCUGGCUACGUAUAAAUGGUCUGACUGCCAGCAAAAGGUGUUGCAAAUCCAAGCCGGGGAGCUUACCCUGGGCUCUAUCAAUAACGAAACUCUCAACGAGUUUCUUUACCAUGGCCCAGUAACUGGGCUUGAUCGGAACUUCCCCAGAGACGAGUAUCUCGUAGUCACAUACGAAGGCUGCGAAGCAAUCUGCGGCAAUCCAGUCGCCAUUUACGACGCACCCGAAGCACUAAGCCUUGCGGCUAACUGGAUAUUCCCGCUAGUUAUUCUGCUUAACCUCCCGUAUGAGUCCCUUCAUGAAAGGAAGAUAUCCAAGACGCUGGUAGCAGUUCUCAACUGGCUGGGCUCUCCCCAAACAGCCCUAACAGCAACUAUCUUCAACUUCCGCCAAUUACGCGAGUCCCAUCGGCGGGUCCAAAGGCGGGUCAAUGCCGACCAGUCACACCUAUACAGCGCGGCCUACUUUGUGAUGUGCUGUAUGAAUCAGUACGACGGGUUGGCUCUUGUAGAGAAUAACGGUGACCCAGCACACAUGCUAAACAUCCUAGUUUAUGGCCUGUUUCGGCCAUUGUCUGGUGAUCAAAGUCCCGAUGUUGACCUCACUCGUCAGCUCUUGGUUACACUCGCAUUUCAGCUGCGCACAUUUCUCAUCGCGUUUAUUUUCUCUGUCGUCCUGGCCUUCGCAGAGCUUGGGGAUAACAAUACUCCGUUCUCAUUGGCUUUCGGGCUUUUGAUGACCUGGCUUCCGCUCUUGGUGGUCUUUACGAUCAUUGACCGGAAUCCUGUCUCCUCGGAGCGUGGUGCUGAUUACAACAGUGAACUAAUCUCCCGCUGGCUCUACAAUGUCAAGGCCGUUAAGACCUGGGACUCUGAGCCUGGAAACGAUCCUAACAACAUUAAGUGGUGGAAGGAUAACACUGAAAUUCCUCAAGCUCUGAAAAUCGACGUAUUCAUUGGACAGGGCAGAAAAAUUAAGUUUUGCGGACUACCUCAUGCAUUACUCGAGGCCUCCGCGACUGUUGACUUCCACACCGAAACAAAUCUUUCGGGAUGUGCGGAGAGAGCUGCCAAUAGACUAAAGGGAUGGAAGCCUAAAGCAUGGUAUAUUGUGGCGGUGCUCUCUUUCCUCUUGGUUUGGUGCGCGAUUAUGAGCGCCUUUGUCGUAUCUUUCACAGCCCCGACCAUAGGCCUGGGGUGCCGAUCACUCACGUAUCUCCUCUUCGGCGCCUUCAGCUCUGUGUCUUGGGUGAUCCAGUUUUCCAAGCGUCCGCCGCAGUGGGCACUUUGGGUGUCAUACAUCUCCAACACUCUAGCCAUUCUGACCCUACUUGUUGUGAUCGUAUUCCAGGUGACUGGCGUGGCUAGUAAUUGCUACUGCAAGUCAAGCGCUCUAAACGCGCCUUUUCUUGGGGGUUACCUCGAUUUCGAGGGCCCUGCGUUUUAUCGGGAUCACUUCAAUGUCCUUCAAUACUGGGCCGCUGCAGCUGUCAUUGGGGGAUCGGUUCCAACAAUUCCAUUUAUCGUCGCCUUAUUCUGGUGGCUUAAGUGCAGGCAUCUUUGGCAGGCGAAUGAGGGUUGGCAACCGCAAGGGCCUCGCGGUAUCCCAGCUGACACGAGGUGGCUGCUGUAG